AUGUCCCAGGCGGAGGAGAACCUGCAGUCUGGAGCAUUGUCCCAGGCCUCGCAGCCUGCUUCAGCAUUGUCCCAGGCCUCGCAGCCUGCUCCAGCAUCGUCCCAGGCCUCGCAGCCUGCUUCAGCAUCGUCUACAACCACAGUGCCCACAUCCGAUAAUGCUCGACAUAGGCGGAAAAUUGCUGACCUGGAGGAGAAGUUGCAAGUGCUCGAGUCAGGACAGGCGGUGAAAAAAAGGGAGAUAAACUAUAUCAUGUCACAAGGACGAGCUAUCCGACGGAUAAUUACAUUAUUUGACAGCAUUGAGGACUUAAUAUGCGAGAACGAUCGGCGGUGCGAUCGCGAGGACGACGACGACGAUAUGACUGUUGAGUCAGUAUUUCAUCACCGCCUCACGAGAGUUGCUCACCAAUUUGCUAACAGUCAAGAUCGCUUGCAAUUCGGCUACAUAGUCCUUAACAACGUCCUCCCAUGGUUUCAUCAAAAAGCUUCGGACAUGGAGCACGAUGAUUACACACACAUGUUGAAAAAGCUUAGACAGGGCGCCGACGGUGCUCGAGGAGACGACACCUCGAAGCUCAAGAGUCUCGUCCCUGAUUGGGUCAACCGCGAGCUCAAGCCCAAUCCUCCAGUCGACCCCGAGGAUAAAUUCUGCCGUGGAUUCACCAACGACGCGUGCGGCAAACUACUCUGCCCAACAGAGCUAGACUGGAAUGACCCAAUUGUCAGGGCUGGAAUUAGGGAUCGCGUUGAUGGCUAUGUCGUAACGGAAAUGUCAUGGCCAGCGUUCCUAUACGCAGGAUAUACUGCCGAUCAGAACAAUCUCGAGGAGGGCCUCUUCAAAAGCACGCUGCUGGUUCAGGCCUUCAAAGCUAUCUUCACAUCUCCUUCCUCCGCAAAGGAAGUAACCGGCGAUGGGGAUGGCGCUAACAUCAUCGAAAACAACAGACGCGCGAAGAAGGAUUUUUCUGGCAGGAAAGUCAAAACUCAUUUGCGAUUCGCACUGUCGUCAGUGACCUCAUGGCGGUCAGUAGACGGCGACUUUGAUUACAUACAGUUCUGGUACAUUAUUGUAGACUUUUUCGAACGCCCCCCCGGUCGAGUCGCGCAGCGCAACGUUGAUCGGCUCCUGGCGUGGUGGACAAGAAAAGUAUUUGGAACUAGCCAGCGUGCAGACCUCAGUGAUACGGCAAAGGCCAAGAUGUCCGUCAAUGCUCUCACAUUGCAGAGGGCGCGACUGGAUGAUGCUCGAUUCGAUUCGGAGUAG